AUGACAGUGAUCAAGGAAAAACAGAACUACAAAUAUCCUAGUCCUAAUUCUGCUGCAGCUUCAGAUACAGAAUCUCUACAUUUGGGAAGUGUAUCAGCCAGUGAUACAGAAUCUGUUACUGAAGAGCCACUGCAACACAGGAUUAGAAUAGUGAAGCCUAAAGUAAUUAAACCAUCUCAGGUUGAAGAAUUGGUAAAUUUAAAAAAGAACUCUGGAAGAAAGAAGUUAAGAAGAUACCAAAAUAGAUGUAUCUUGCAAACAUUGAGCGAGGAAGAUGAAGAAAAUGAAAAUAUGGUUGUGAUUAUGGAAAAAUACAAAGGUCCUUUUGCACGUCUUUUAGGUGAUAAAGAGGCGUUUGAAUAUUGGCAACAAUUUAUAGAGAAAUCUGAAAGUGAACAAUUUGAAAUCCUUCAAGCUUUAACUGAAAAAUAUCCCAAUGAGACAGUUGUAGAGAAUUUUAAAACGGACAGUCCUGGUAAAAUUUCGUCCAGAAUUAGACGUACCUUUAAAAUAAGAAAAAACCUAUCUUUGGAAAUCGUCCAAAUGUGUGAAGAAGAUCUGUUAAAAUUUUUUAAAACAAGACCUGAUGAUAGAUAUGUGAAAGUUCCUCCUACGAGUUUCGAAAGACUUUUAAUACAUGCAGUUGCUCAAUAUCAUAAACUUAAAUCAAUAAGUGUUAUAGUUGAUGAUGGUGUCCGAAAAUCAGUUGAGGUGUACAAUAUUCAUAAAAACUGGUCACCAGCAAAUUGCAAUCUCACAGAUUUUAUCAAGGAAUUACGAAAAUCACAUGAUCCCGAAGUAUCAUCAUAA